AUGAAUAAAUACGCAGCCCUGCUCGCAGCCUGCUCACAGUCAAACCGAGGUGGAAACGGAGACCGAGGUCCUGCUCGCCUGGCGUCUGUGAGACCCCGUCCUGGCACCAUGCAGGGCAUAGUCCUCUGCCUGAUGGUCCUCUUCUCAGGGACAGUGGCCCAAAAGUCCGGCCUCCAGGGGCAGGAUCGCCUCUUGAUUAGACUGCGCCAGCUUAUUGAUGUUGUUGAUCAGCUGAAAAAUUACGUGAAUGACUUGGACCCUGAAUUUCUGCCAGCUCCAGAAGAUGUGGAGAGACACUGCGAGCGAUCGGCGUUUUCCUGUUUCCAGAAGGCCCAGCUGAAGUCAACAAACGCAGGGGACAGGGAGCCGAAAAUCAGCGUGUUAACUAAGCAGCUGGCGCGGUCGCUGCCCCUGACCCGCGCAGGGAGAAGGCAGAAGCAGAGACAAACGUGCCCUUCAUGUGAUUCUUAUGAGAAAAAGCCACCCAAAGAGUUCCUAGAAAGACUGAAGUCGCUCAUCCAAAAGAUGAUCCACCAGCGCCUCUCCUAG